CAGCAGCAGGUCUGUCAAAUCACAAACGAGGGUGACGCAAAGGCGGAGGACUUACAUAAAAAUCCUCCUUGGACUUUUGUUUUUAGCGUCUGAAAGUCACGGUAUUUGCAGUAAAUCGGUGUGGAAAUACUUCAACUUGUGGAUUAUGAAAAGUUGUGAUAGUUAUCCAACGUCUUGGUGACGUUUGGAGCAACUAAAGUGCGUCUUUUUUUCCAGCUCAGAGACGCAACAAGAGGACUACAACGUUGAGGGGAUCAUUUUUAUACAGUAUUUUGCUGUUUUUUUUCUCGAGGGAUGUGAGUCUACCGACGUGUACAUAAAUAACCGGGAUAAAAGCCACUUUUCUUUUUCUUUUCCUCCACUUUGUGUGAAGUCACCAUGCUGGCCAACACUGCUCUUUACGCGGCGAAGAAACGGAAGAAGCCGGUCCAGAAAAUACCCAAACCACCACCUCCCGAUGGCAUCAAGUCCAACCCGUCCAAACGCCACCGCGACCGGCUCAACGGCGAGCUGGACAAGCUCACCAGCCUGCUGCCCUUCACCGAGGAGGUCAGGGCUCGGCUGGACAAGCUGUCGGUGCUCCGCCUCAGCGUCGGGUACCUGAAGGUCAAGAGCUUCUUCAACGCCAGCAUGAAGAAAGGCCACAACGGCUCCAGCUGGACCAGCGAGCGGAGCCUCGUGUUCGGAGGAAACGUCCAGAACGCACUGACGCCGUCCUCUACGACCUCCGCCUCCUCGUCCUCCGUGGCCUCCGCCACCCCGGUGACCUCCAUCGACGGAGUCAGCUUCACUGAAGGAGACCUGCUGCUUCAGGCGCUGAACGGCUUUGUGCUGGUGGUGACGGCUGAAGGCUACGUCUUCUACACAUCCCCCACCAUCACGGACUUCCUUGGCUUCCACCAGUCGGAUAUCGUCCAUCAGAGCGUGUUUGAGUUGAUCCACACAGACGACCGAGCUAUUUUCAGACGGCAGCUUCACUUCGCUCUCAACCCGAAUACCAACCAGCAAGACGGCACCGCAGCGAGUCCCAGUGAGCAGAGCUCGGCGGAGGUCAGCAGCAACGUGAUGACCUACGACCCGCAGGCCAUCCCUCCAGAGAACUCCUCCUUCCUGGAGAGAAACUUCUGCUGCCGCUUCCGCUGCCUGCUCGACAACUCCUCCGGCUUCCUGGCCCUGAACUUCCGUGGCCGCCUGAAGUUCCUCCACGGUCAGAACCGGUUGUCGGAGGACGGGACGCUGGUUCCCCCGCAGCUCGCUCUGUUCUGCAUCGGCACGCAGAUGCAGCCGCCGUCCAUCCUGGAGAUCCGCACCAAGACGCUCAUCUUCCAGACCAAACACAAGCUGGACUUCACUCCCAUGGGCAUCGACACCAGAGGGAAGGUGGUUCUGGGUUACAAUGAAGUGGAGCUCUGUAUGAAAGGUUCAGGCUACAACUUCAUCCACGCUGCAGACAUGAUGUACUGCGCCGACAACCACAUAAGAAUGAUGAAAACCGGAGAAAGCGGCUUCACCGUCUUCAGGCUUCUGGCCAAAACUGGGAUGUGGGUCUGGGUCCAGGCCAACGCCAGGCUGGUGUUUAAAACAGGGAAACCGGACUUCAUCGUGGCCCGGCAGAGAGCUUUGACAAAUAACGAAGGGGAAGAGCAGCUACGCCUCCGUCGGCUGCAGUUGCCGUUCAACUUUGCCACUGGGGAGGCGUUGCUUUAUGAUGUCACUCCAACCGUCGAAGUCCUCGACCCAUGCUCCGCCCCCGACCAGAGGAAGAUAGACGAGUACACCGUCCCUCGCGAAAGCAUGCUGGGCUGCAUGCUGAGUCAGGACCAGUCUAUCUACUGUGAACACAACAACACCAACUCCCUCAGCUCUCUCAACGAUGCCGCCUUCAAGGACACCCACCCUACAGUCAACAUUCCUGGAGAUAUCUGGGAGCUCACCACACCCAAACCUGUUGUGGGGAGCCUGGUGAAGUCCGAGGCCACAGUUCAGGACAUGAUGGAUACCCUGCAGCAGAUCCUCGGGGAGAGCGACCUCGGCGACACCCUGCAUGUGGGGCCUGAAGAGCUCAAGAGCUGGGAGAGCACCCUGCUGAAGAUGACUAACAACAGCUGCGAGAUGAACGAAGACCUGGACGACAUCCUCAGCAACGACAUCCUGUCGUACGUAGAGGAGCAGCUCCAGUUGGAGGGCGGCCUCAAGCUGCCAGAUCAGCUGGAUGACAUACCAGUCUGCCUUUCCACUUUGGACCUCCCGAACCAGAUUCCUGACCGGGUUGGGGAGCAGAACUUCGGCUGGCCUCUGGAGCCCCAAAACCAGCUGAUACCAAACGGCGGGCAGAUGUUAACCGGACAGCCGACUCCAGGCCUGGGGAUCAUGAAGCUGACCCACAUGGAUCUUCCUCAGUUGAGUUCCGGUUUAAACGGUCCAACCCUUCAGCAGAUCGCCUCACUGCAAACGCUCCCCACUUCUGUUGGUCUUCAACUGGGAACCACAGGCAACACUGGUGCUCCGGUUACCUUCAACCCCCCCAUGGCGGCUCAGACGCAGAACCAACUGAGAUCCUUGCAGGUCGCUGCCAAGGACAACAACCGCGGAGCAUUCUCGCUCAGGCAAACUUCAACCAAUCAGAUUCACCCCAACCAAAUGGCUCAACCAAUGCAGAACCACCUUCAGAUGAGGACGCCCAGCCUACCAAUCGGCCUCCAGGACCAAAGCGCAAAAAGACAGUUAACUCCCGUGUUCAACUUUCAGGGAAACCAGUGGAACGCCUCCGUCCCCAACUCAAACCAAGCCAACAACUUUGUAGAAACGUACACCCAGAAUAUUUCAAACCAACCCGGUUUUACUGCAGAUCCUUCCUCGUCGAGCUGCUUACAGGGACACUUUGCACUUAAUACACAGAACAAUGACAAUCAGAGACAGCCUUGGCCGCCGGAGCAGCAGCUCAUCUCAAGUGGACACCAACAAAUGGGCGCCUGCCUCAACCAAAUGCCAGGAUAUCAGAGGAAUCCUCUUCCCGAUGUCGUCGCGGCCCAGAACGCUGUCAACGGCAGGCCGAUGUUCAGGACUCCAGAGACUUCAAACGUACCGUUUCCUGUUCAGCAGGUCAUGGAGCCGCCACCUCUUGCACCUUCUAGCAGCUGUAUGUACAGAAAUGCCCCCACCUCUGUGCCUGUAAACGGGGUGCACCUCAGUCAGGUGCCCUCCUGCCAGAGACUGAACCCCGCCAGCAGCCAGAUUCCCUCCAAGCCCUCCUGCUUCUAUCAGGGUCUCCCCGGAGGCGGCUCCGUGCCGGGGAUGACGGCGAUCCCGAAUCCUGAUGAGGCGGCGCUGUCCUGCCAAAUGACGGCUGGUCUCGACCCGGACGGCCUGCUGAUGCAACAACAGCCGUACCUAAACUUCAGUGAGCAGACACAGAUCAACAGCCGUCCAGUCGUGGGGAACGGAGGUUUCCCCUUCUCCUCGCUGCCCAACGGGAACGCAUACUACUCAGAGAACAAAUAGGAAUCAGCCGCUGUGACUUGUGGACGGCAGAGGAUCCCAACUCGGACUGAAACGGCAGUUUUAAACGAAGCAAAAAGACUCCUGUCUAAACAUGAAAGUGGAUCAGACUGAAGAACAGAAAUGUGCCUGAGAAGGACGAGGAGACACAACAGGACGCCUCUCUUUCCUCUUUCUUCUUCUUUUUAGGAAACCGUGAUGAAAGUGUUUGGUUCAGGAUGGCUGAAGAAAAAAAGAAAAUCUGUCUUUGUCAAAGAAGACAGAAGGAAUUCCCUCUUUGGAGCUGGUUAGAUUAUACCAAAACAAGGAUGACCUGAAUCACUGAUUUGUUCUGUGCAAAAUCAGGAUCAAGUUGGAGGAAUUUGAACACGAGAAUGAUGGAUGAAAGUCAUCGUCGCUCAUCGUCAGCUGCUGUGUAUGUAUCGGAGGCGGGAUAGUGAACAAGAUCAACUCCUGAGUCCUCGUCCCUGACGCCUUUUCUCUUGUAAAACCCACACCUACGAGUGUCUUCUUCUGCUCAUUGCAAUGGGCUCCUUACUGCCCUCCUGUGGUCAGAGGCCCUGCUCACACCUGGCAUUAACAUGCAUCUCGUCUCCAACGACCACUUGUGAUCAGAUCUCACUUCCCCACUCUACAGGCAAAUAAACACGUAGUAAACACACGGCUAAUCCAGCAGACGGUGUGACAUAACAUUACAGGGAUGUCUGUAGUAAUGUCAGGUACAUUUUAUUAACAUCUAAAUUAGGGCUGAUAGAGUUAACGCAGAUUGUUUUAACAGUAUGAUAAUAAUGCACUUCCUGUUCUUAGUCUGAUAGUCUGUAGAUUUCACACCUGUACUUAGAGCUGUCCACUUGUGAUGGGAUCACUGAGGACGUGUGUGUUACUACCAGAUGUGCACAGGGCCAGAGAGCAGAAAACACCCACUGCAACCAACCGUUUGUUUGGAUCGUUGGCAGAGGGCAAUCGUCUGUGUGAAUGUGGACAUUAUUCAGUCUGAAAACAUGAACAGCAUGUUUGAUUUGAUGAGCCUGGAGGACGGUGAAGAACUAACAAUAACGUACCGAGUGGAUGUGAGCGUGCUGUGGAGUAGUUAAAGCAGCCGAGCUCAUCGUUUUAAACCACCAAACUCCAUUUAAUCUCCUGGACAGAUUUCUCGGUGCUUAUAAAGAGAAAUAUUUGACCUCCAUUAGUGUUAGAAACCAGAGAAAGGACUUGAAGGACGAGGACUACGUGGGUGGUUCGGUGGACCUCCUCCCGUCUCCCACACAGCGGAUGAGACCUGAAUGAAAGAUAAAUAAUCCUCUGCCGUCUCUGACGCACAAACAAAAAUCUCUUUUCUACUUUGAGCGCUCAAAAGGAUGAAAUAUAUCUACUUUUUGUUGUUGUUGCUGUUUUUGUCCUUUUGAAAACGCGUCUUGAUCACGUUCAUUUCAACUCUUUGCUGUCCCGGUGAGGGAGACUUGCUUUGCAGACAGGGUAUUAAAAAGAAAACGCACGUCAUCAUCCUCCCAACAGAGAUGAGUCAGUGAAAGCAGCUGCUUGUUAGUGCCUCUUUUAUGUAUUUGAAAAGCAUUCAGUCAAAGCUUUUAUCGCUGAGCCACUUCUUCUGAACUCUAAUAUUCCUGUGUUGUUGUUUUCCUGUUGUAGGGAGAAAGAGAAAAUACAGACGGUGCCUUAAACUGACACAACUGUUGACAUUUUAAAACAUUUCCACCGGGAAUAUAUGCAAAAAAAAAAGGUGUAGUGGAAAUUUGAUAUUUGAUACAAACCAAACUCGCCUUUGCCUUAAAGUCACAGAGACCAUUUGUGAGAUUUCUUUGUUUGCCAAAGCAGAGUAAAGAAGAGAAGCUUUAUUACUACAACAAGAGAUGCCUUAACAAACUGAAGAUAGUGUUAGUUCUCUGCAUUUUAUAGAUAUUGGAUCAUAAACUCAUUAUAAUGUAUUAUUUGAAUAUAAAUUAAAUUACUUUUUUUUUUAUAAAUAGGCUCCGACUGAGAGUCGAAGCGAAGCAGACUCACUCACUGCCUUAAGAUUGUCUUUUUAGACCUGAACCUGAACCUAAAGACCAGGAUGUUAAUCAGUCUCUACUGUCCUCCGUCCUCUUCCUCUUUCCUCUUUCUGUCUUUGUGGUUAAUUUAUCGACGUUCUUGCUCGGACCGGGAGUAUCGACGAUCUCCCGGGCAGCGAAAACACAGAAGUAAAACGGUUAAAGGCAGCUAUUGUAUAUUAUAAAUGAGGAAAAGAAAUGGAAAAAAUGAACACUUCACAAGUGCCUUUUAAUUGACCUCUUUUUGAUUGUCUGUUUAUUUUUUUAAAAACAACACAAUCAGCACUUCGAUUGAAAAGAAACAGCACGAGGAAGCCUCAAAGUGCUUCAUCCAGUACUGAGCCAUGAAAUCUACAAAAGUACAAAAGCAGUGAGUUAAAUACCAAAAGAGAGUCAGUGAAGCCAUCUGUAAUGCUUUAUUCUCCAGGAUACCAAAGGGAAAAGACACAUCGGCUGUCUGUGGAUGCUUUCAGGAUUCCUGCACAGACAACAGACCAGAGUGAUUGUAGUUGAGCUUUCACUGAAUGUGAAAAAUGUUUGAUAUUGAAAAAUUGAGAAAUAUGCUGCGUUCAUGUAAGCAGCGUUCACGCCAACACGCCGAAGUCACACUUAAAACUGGGAUACAUUGAUUCCUCUGACUGCUUCUAAAUAAUGCAUCAAAAGGAAAACAAAUAUGGAUAUGGAUUAUAAUAAAAGAAAUGAUCUCUAGUUGCAACCGGCAUGUUUUCACUAUUUCUUGACAUUUUAUAGACAAUUAUUAAUCAAUUAAUGGAAAAAAUAAAUCACAGAACAGCAGCUUUUUAAAAUUAAAUUUGGUUUUCACUGGAUUAUAUAUUAUCUAUAUAGUCUAUGAAUUCUGUAUUAGUGAGACAAAUCUUAAUUAUGACUUUGCAUUGAACACUAGUUACAAGUCUCAAAUCCGUACUACAGUACUUCACUUUGUACACAAUGAUCAUCCUAGUACUCUGUUUUAGUACUGGUUACAAAAACAGGAAGUGACACAUAGUAUAGUUGUUGAAAGGCAUUCUGGGUAAUGUAGUAGGAAAGGAUGCAGGUUGAGUUACAGUUUGUUGUGAUUGCUUUGACUCAAUUUUCAUAACAUAAUGUGCAAAACUCUUAAUUUUAGGCUCCAGAUGUCAUCAAGCGUGCAUCAUAAAAACAUCUACCGUAUCUCAGAUUUAAUCCUGAAGAUAAUUUAGUCGUAUUAACGCCGUCAAACAGAUUCUCAUCAAAGUGAAGUCAUUUUUCUCAGAUUAUAUAAGAAGCAAUGAGAGAAAAUGGUACAUCUACACAGAAGUAGAUGUAAAAUGAUGUUUCCCUUUACAAGCUUGCAGUUUAUUCACCAAAUGUUCUAUAUUACUGUGAUUAAAUCUACAUGAAUUUAGUUUUUAAAGAUAAGAAUGAAGCGCUUCAGUCUGGAUCUUUGCAUAUUAGAGGUCUGUGUAAAUUGAGCCGGAGCAAAACGAAACAGUGCAUUGUAACAAAGACCUGCAGAUUUCUCCCCAUGUUGAUCCCAGUUGAUGUUUUUGAGACACGUUGGAUCACUCGGCGGUGCUUUCAGGUGAUAAAACAGAAUCACUGCGUGCGUCUCGACAGCAGAUUCACCAAAACUAAACCAAAAGUCAUCACAGAUGGAUGCUAUUCAACCGGCUGAAUUAUUCAUAAGACUCAGUACAAAAUGAAGCGCUUGUUCCAGAGGUGUGUGACCUCUUUAAAAUCCUGAGUGCUUUCAAUUCAAUCACCAAGUAUUCAUAUAGAAAUAUCAAAUAUAUCUUGUUGCUUGCUUCUAGAUGAAAUAAAAACGCCUUUGUACUUAUUCUACUUUAAACCCCCAGGAGGCUAAGGCUCCACAUUGCAGUAUCUUUGUGUACCUGUAUAUAAAUAUAUAUAUGUCUUUUUUUUUCAAAUACGUAUUGUCCUAUAUUGUGUAUUUUAAUGUCGUAUUGCCUUAACCUGACUCACGCCUUCAUCAUGUACAUUCUCUGCACAGCAUAUUCAUAUGUUAACCUCUUGUUAUGAUCUUCUUUUUGUAACUUUUCAACAUAUUAUAUCUUGUGGAUUUGCCUUAAAUAUCUUGCCUCUACCAGUGUAUUGAGUGUUUGAGUAAAUCUUUUCAUGCUCACCAUAUUAAAGGUGAUCUGAUCACACAUACAUAUCCUCUGG